AUCUCUUGGUCAUGAACUCUAUUGACUAAAACAGUAAUUCGGUGAUAAAUUUUUAAGAAUAUUUUCUUAGGACUAUAUAGAGCGUCACAUAUCCCGGAAUUGAUAUCUCAAGAUCAUGUAGGUGUUUUCUUCUUUCUAUAAUCCAAUUGCAAUAAUGUUAAACAAUCCAUUAGUAUCAAUGGUCUCUGUGCCUGUACCUAUACCGGUACCGAGACCCCAGUUAAAUUCAAAUUUAAAUUCAGAUUCCGUUCCAUCCCAACCCAUUGCCUGCAAAAGGAAAUCUGUAAGAUUCCUUCCUCCUUCAUCUCCUCCUCCAUAUAUUCUCUCUAGUUCUCCUAAUGUGAAUAAAUUCCAUAUUACAAAACGAGAUCGAAAUAAUUAUCCGUGUAAUAGGUCUACUACGAAUAUUGCAGAAGAUGAUGAAACUGAUAAUGAGAGCAGCAAAGAUGAAUAUGGCAAUGGUAGAUCUGUCCAAUUGAGACUUCCCAGUUAUAAAAGUCAUGAAACUAUAAUUAAUCCACAAGAACCUUUUAUUAAUAAAUUAGAUAAAUUGCCGGUAGUUGAUGAUCCUAGAUUAUCUUUGAAAGUUAAUUUAGAAUCAUUGAAAGAUGGUAUGAAUAAUAAAUAUCGUAGUGGUGAGUAUAUCCGUGGUUAUCUUAUGUUAACUAAUGAAGAUAAGGAAAAGCCUAUCAAGUAUAAGAGUAUUAGCAUUUCUUUUGAAGGUAGAUAUAUGAUAACGGUAAAUAGGUAUAGAGCUUAUGAAAAAGUUAAAGUCCCUGUGAAAAUUAACAAAUUUUUGGAAAUGUUCGAUACUGGCAAUGAAGAUCCUGAGGAUGAUAGUAAUCAUGAUGAUACCCUUCAUGAAUCGAGAACUCUCAAUUGCCAAGAUGGUGCAAGUCAAAGUUUCCAAUUCAGGGUUCCUAGUCAAAUCAUUGAUAAAAAUAAUUGUAACCAUUAUCAAUUACCUCCUAGUAUUGGAGAAGAAAUAGAUGAUGAAAAUGGUAUUAGUUUUGACAAUGACAAUGGAAAUGAAGAUAUGUUUAAUGAUUCAUUGAUCAAUUAUCGUAUUAUAAUCCGUGUCGUCAGUGAAGAUGGUGAAAGUAUUAUCAAAGAACUUGCUAGUCAUGUUACUAUUCUAGGAUCUAAAUCUUCACCUGAAGAUCAUUUAUGUUAUAGAAAUUAUGAAGAAAUGAUUGACGAGAUGAAGUGUAAGAUUGAGUCUGGUUGGAAAACUUUAAAUAAGCCAAAGCUGUUUAAUCUGAUUGCUAAAAUAGUAUUACCUCCUGAAUAUGUAGGAAACGAAUUUGAUAUUGCAAAACAUUCUGUUCUUUCCAAUACUGCUACUGUUAGUAAUAAAGAGUUAAUUGAAGUGGAUUGUGCCAUUAAACAUACCACAAUUAAUCAUCAAAAAUUACUUGAAGAUAAAUUUUCAUAUUGCAAAUUGUCAUUACCUUUGACAAUCAUGCUUAGUGGUGACAAGAUGAGACCUAAUAAGAUUAAAAUUAAGAAUUUGAAAGUUGAAUUAAUUGUCGCUAAUAUUAAAAGUGAUGGCGGGCCAAUACCAAUUCAAUUCGAUUAUAAUAUGUUAGACAAUGAAACAAUUAAAGAUAACAUUGUGAAUCCAUGUCAAGUUUUCAAGACUGAAUUAUAUAAUUUAUUGGUUGAAAUAAACUUUUUGCAACGUAAAAUCAUUGAUGUGGAAAAUCAUUUACAUCAGUUAAAUAUUAAUGUUGAAGAUUAUAAUGAUUUACGUAGUUUGACCAAAUUGAGGACUAAAUUCAAGUCAGUUCCAUUAAAAGUUAUUAAUCCAACUAUCAUUACCAAUGAUAAUGGAGAAGAAUGGUUUAUGGAUCUUAAAGAGAAUAAAGUAAAAAAGUCAUUUACAUUAAGAGUAGAUUUUUUGAAAGCUCUUGAACAAUUUGAAUUAUUGCCUACUUUUCAAUCAUGUUAUUUAGUCAGAAUGUACUACUUGAAAGUCAGUAUGACUAUUAACGGUAAAUCUAAGGUGACUAAAUUACCUAUCAUAAUUGAGUCAUGAAGCUUAAUGUAUGUUAUAGAUACAAAACCGUUUAUAAAAAAUUCUCGGAAACGGAGUUUACAAAAGUAAGAUCCAGGACCUUUUUUUUUUAAUUAGUACAGUACCUCUGCAGUUAUUUGUUUGAUUAAUAAUACUAUAUUAUUAUGAAAUAGUUCAUACAUACUUGUAAGCACAUCGUGUAGAGAUACAAGAUUUUGUUUGAUCAGUAAAUGAUACGUAGCUUUUUUUUUUCUUUUAAGUUAGAGAGCCAGAAUAUUUGUGAGUUACAUUUAAAGCUUACGAGU